AUGAAAACGAUUAUUAUAACUGUGUUGAUGGCUGGUUCGGUUGCGUUGGGCAAUUCGCUUCCACCUACUUCUGAAAACACUCUGCCGCCCACUUGCGACAACAGCUUGCCACCCACAUUGGAGAAUGAAACAUUAGUAGGUUCGACGUACACGGCAAAGGGUUUUUCCAACUAUGGCUCUGUUAUCCGUGUAAAGGUUUUGUCCCGCUACGAUAAGCAAAUCAAGUUGGGAUGCGACGUGUUGAUUGACGAUUCAUGCAGGAAGCAGAUUCGUUAUGACGAUGAUGGAAACGAGUUCGUGAACUUGCCAAAGGGUUUCACGGUGAAUGCUUGCGAUAUUGACAAAGAGUAUAGUAGCAUACACGAGCGCAGGGUAAUGCUGCGCGACAUUCUUCGUGAGGAUACCGAGGACGAGGGUUCUUUCGACUACUUGCAGAAUUUGAUUAUGGAGGAUACGGUUGACGGUGUUCGUUUCAUGCCUACGGACAAAUACCUUCCCAGCGAGCAGUUCGAUUAUAGAGCCGAGGAAUGGGAACCGACCGUGCAGGAGGAGGAGGAAACCGUGCGCUUUGUAGUGCGCGACAUCGACUGGGGCGGUGUUUCUGGCUUGCCUGAGAAUGUCCAGAUUGACAUCAACCCCGAUGUGCUUGACACCGACGAGGAAAUCGACGAGGUUGAGCGUCUUGUGAAAGAGGAAAUCGAGAGGAAGUACCCAAUGAUUUACGAUUUGGACAACAUCUUCAUUCAGGGGUAUUCACUCGUGGAGGCACCGACUGGGUACGACUUCGACCCGAAUGACGAGAUUGGCUUCAACGGAAUUUGA